CGUUUGGUCCCGGUGACAGACGCGGACAAAAGUCCACAGAGAGCCGAAAACGUCUUUAAACAUCUGGACAACGACGAGCAGGGCGUUUAAAAUGACAGAAAAUAACCCGCAAUCCACCGCGAGGCAGCCGCGAUACUCAAAUGGAUUCACUGUGAUCCCCCCAAAUGAGUCUCAGCGGAGGGCGAUCCAAAGCACGGCUCAGCGAGAGGAAGAGGCUGCUCAGAGAUGGAGGGAGGAUCACAGAAUGACCUCAGUGGACCUGACCCCAGAGAGACUCGGUGGAACUGCGUCACAGGCUGAGGUCAGGGCGGGACAACAUGCAGCUUCAACUCCCUCCAGGCUGCAGAAGAAGAUGAAAAAAGAAGAACUGGACAAAAGGAGGCGAAAAGAGGAGGAGGAGGAGCAUCAGAAAAAGAAAGACGAGCAGAGGCAGAAGGCUGAGUGCUUGGAGGAGAAAAGGCGACGGGAUGAGCAGAGAAGGAAGGAGCAGCUCAGGCAGGACCACAUCAGAGUCAACUCAGCCUUUCUGGACAAACUACAGGCUCCAGGGAAAGUGAAUAAGAAGGAGACAAUGAGUGAAGGAGGCGGGGAGACACAGCGUCCCUGUUUGGUACAGAACCAGCUCUUCAAGACCAAAGGGCAACAACCCCACCUCCACCUGGUACCAGAUCCAGAACAGUGUGGUUCCAGCAGGUCAAAAGAAGCUGGCCCGCAGACUGACGGUGAGGUGGCAUUGAUGGAGCUGGUGAACUCUUUCCCAGACUGCAGCAGAGACGUGCUGGAGGACAUCCUCAACCAGUGUGACGGUGAUUUGCAGCAGGCCCACGGGCUCCUCAGCUGAACCUUUCCCACGCUCCACCGGGUGGCGCUGACUCGUAGGUGUUGCCAGUUUAUAAUCCACAGACAUGCUGUUCUU